AUGUCCUCUUCCUCUUGCAUUUCUUAUGAUUCUUCCUUACUUCAUAUCUCAUUAUUAUCUUUAACAUCCUUCUCAGAUUAUCAUAGAGAAUUAAUCGUAUCAGCAGUAAAAAACACUUCUAAAUAUUUAAUUAUAUAUGUUUCCUGUAAAGAUAUAGAUUUUUAUGGAAAUAAUUAUUCAUUAGAUUGUUGGGAUAAAGUUCACAAUUUAUUAUGCACUUUUUAUGUAUCUGGAUCAAAAGUUUCUUAUGAACUUAAUAAACCUUUUCUAGAAAUAAAUGUCAUUUUCGAAAAUUGGUGUGGAUAUUCCGUGGAAUUAGGACAAGAAUUAGAUGUAUUUUUCGGGAAACUUGAUCGACUUUUAAAAUUUAACGAAAAUCGUCAAGCAGUUAAACUAACUAAACUCCCCACCGUCGUAUUUAAUACUUCCAUAUUACCACCACCACCACCUCCUCUUUCACCUUCUCAUAAUUUCACCCAUUUCCCUGAAAAUAAGUUCAAAAUUUAUAAGAAUGUUGCUGUUGGUGGGACAUUUGAUCAUAUACACGCCGGACAUAAGAUACUUUUAACCAUGUCAGCUUGGAUUACCCGUCAAAGAUUAAUAUGUGGUGUAACUGGAGAUUCCAUGCUCGAAAAUAAAAAAUAUAAAGAAUUCUUGGAACCAAUUGAAACGCGAAUUGCAAAAACCAAUCAUUUUUUAAAUACAAUUAAUCGAGUUUUGAUAUACGAGGUUGUACCGAUAUAUGACGUAUACGGUCCCACCGUUACUGAUCCAAAUAUUCAGGCAUUAGUCGUAUCCAAGGAAACGAUUUCCGGGGCUUAUUCUAUAAAUGAAGAGCGAAAAAGAAGAGGUCUCGAUCCAUUGGAUAUUUCAGUUAUAGAAGUUAUAUCAUCUUCAAAUGCUUCUUUAAAAGGUGAUGAAAUUAAAAAUCUUAAAUUGAGUUCAACUUUUAUACGUGAAAUUAUUUUCGAAUAA